UUCCACCAAGAAGAAGAAGCCCAAGCUGCUGGCACCACCUACCCCCAGCAUCUACAACGACAUCAACUAGCGUCCCGCCCCCGGCAUCUACAAUGACAUCAACUAGCGUCCCGCCCCCCGCAUCUACAACGACAUCAACUAGCGCCCCGCCCCCCGCAUCUACAACGACAUCAACUAGCGCCCCGCCCCCCGCAUCUACAACGACAUCAACUAGCGCCCCGCCCCCCGCAUCUACAACGACAUCAACUAGCGCCCCGCCCCCCGCAUCUACAACGACAUCAACUAGCGCCCCGCCCCCCGCAUCUACAACGACAUCAACUAGCGCCCCGCCCCCCGCAUCUACAACGACAUCAACUAGCGCCCCGCCCCCCGCAUCUACAACGACAUCAACUAGCGCCCCGCCCCCCGCAUCUACAACGACAUCAACUAGCGCCCCGCCCCCCGCAUCUACAACGACAUCAACUAGCGCCCCGCCCCCCGCAUCUACAACGACAUCAACUAGCGCCCCGCCCCCCGCAUCUACAACGACAUCAACUAGCGCCCCGCCCCCCGCAUCUACAACGACAUCAACUAGCGCCCCGCCCCCCGCAUCUCCAACGACAUCAACUAGCGCCCCGCCCCCCGCAUCUCCAACGACAUCAACUAGCGCCCCGCCCCCCGCAUCUCCAACGACAUCAACUAGCGCCCCGCCCCCCGCAUCUCCAACGACAUCAACUAGCGCCCCGCCCCCCGCAUCUCCAACGACAUCAACUAGCGCCCCGCCCCCCGCAUCUCCAACGACAUCAACUAGCGCCCCGCCCCCCGCAUCUACAACGACAUCUAGUCCCCUUCCCGCCUGUCCAUACUCCAGACUCUCCACGCAGCACCACCUUGCUGCUCCUGCUGACAUGUGAAAGAAGAGACGAUGAGAGAGCGAGAUGGCGGCACCUGCUGCCUGAUCUGUGUGGGGCAGUGCUGCAGCUAAACAACCCCCACUUCCCUGCACUGGCCGUGGUUUGUGCUUAUUUCCUAUUUAUUCUCAGUUCGAGGCAUUUCACUGGGUAUUUAAGUCAUGAACGCAGAUUUGCAGGCCGACAACACUAUUAUUAUUUCUAGCAAAAUGCCAAAAUUAAUUGAAUGAAUGAAUAAUAAUAUUAAUAAUAACAAGUUAUAAUAAUACCUCUUCUUCAGAGUGGAUUCUAGUGGUGACGCACAUUACCGUUCUAGGCUUGAUGGAGAUAUUCAUCAGCCUUUUCUGGAUCAUUAGGUUGAGUAAGAUUGUGUGUGUGUGUGUGUGUGUGUGUGUGUGUGUGUG